CCUCUGGACGUCCGCACCACGAAACUGACCUCGAAAACCGCUGUUGUCGUCUGGACACCCUCUGUGGAGGACAGCAAGGCGUCUCAAUACAUGUACGUGGUACAAGCAGACCCCCUGAAUGCGACCACGGGUGGGUUGCAUACGUGUGAGGUGAAAGUCGGUGAAGGCACCUUCACCUGUAACAUCACCAGUCUCCUACCUAAUUCGGACUACAAUAUCAGCGUGAUGGCCUGCAACACGCUGAGUCUCUGCAGCAAACACUCGGAAUCUGUUCACAUCAGAACACUAUCUCCAGAAAAGGACAACCUGUACGUUGAGAUCCUCAGCCCCACCGGUCUGAAAGUGACGUGGGAAUCAAAGGCCAAACAUCCAAACCGGUUCUUCCAGGUGCAACUAGAUACAGACAUCAUAACCUACUGCACACACCGUAUGCAGACCGUCGACUACGCCUGCGAGGCAGAUGCUCUUCUGCCGGAUACUGCGUACGAGUUGCAAUUAUUCAACUGUGACACAGCCUAUCCCGAUGCCACUUGUGAGAUUGCCUCGGAGAUUGUGAAGGCACAAACGUGGCCAACUGCGCCCCUAGACGUCACAGCGUUCUACGAGAGCGCCACAGCCGUGCAGGUUUCCUGGAGUCCUACUAAAGCGGACGUUAAAAAACAGUACACCUACGUGGUUGCUGUGUCCCCCGCGACCGGUGCUAAUGUCAGCACCUGCAUCUCGAACAGCCAAUCCUGUUUGGUUUCAGCAUUGGAGCCGAACACACCCUACAAGGUCACCGUGCAGUCCUGUGCCCAUAUCAACUACUGUGGUCUGCCUACAUCUCCAGUGGAUGUACUUACACCACCCAGUGUGCCCGAUCAAGUUGCGGUCUCAGACGUCCAAUGCACCAGUUUCCUCGUAACUCUAAGCCACUCCGAGGAGGGCGUGAAAAAUGACUACUAUUACCGGAUUAUGAGUAGCACACGGGCAGCUGCCUCAGUGGCCGUCCAAUACUGCACGGUUUCUGCGGGCAGCAAAGACCUCGCCUGCGCCGUAUACGGUCUGAAGCCAAACAGUGUCUACAGUGUCGUGGCAAAAGCCUGUGCCGCGCCCGGACGCUGCAGCAUGCCUUCGCUCUCCGUCGAGGUGAAAACGAAACCUACUGGUAAGGCGCAAUGUCUACAGUUAUCUGUAGUUUAA